ACCCCGUCUCUACUAAAAAUACAAAAAUUAGCCAGGCGUGGCAGUGCACACCUGUAAUCCUAGCUACUUGGGACGCUGAGUAGGAGAAUCACUUGAAUCCGGGAGGCGGAGGUUGCAGUGACUCGAGAUCCUGCUACUGUCCUCCAAUCUGGGCGACAGAGUGAGACUCUGUCUCAGCAAAACAAACCACCAUAAUGUGGUUCCGAUGACCUGCACCUUGUCAGAGGGGUCACACGGCCUUGAAACGUAACAGUCACAUGUUCUAGGCUCCUGUGUACACUGGGAAUACGUAACUCAGGGGUUCUGGGAAAGGGAUUUCUCAGAACUUAAGCCGGGAAGUGAUUUGAAAACUUCCAGUAUCACUCCCUUUAUCCUCUCAGGAAGUAUUUUUUUAAGCCACUGAGUGAAUCACCCUUGAGUUGCACAAGAAGGAAACGCCGCAUAGAGUGAAAAAUGACAGCAAACUGCUGAGGUCACUUCCCCAGGCCCACUGAAUGAGAACAUCAGUUCCUGUGCUGGAGAGAAAGGCAGUGAGAGGAGAAAGUGGGGUCCAGCUCGUCCCUGGCUCUCUCUCUCUCUCAGGUUCUGAUGUGUUUUCCAAGUCUGCAGAGCAGUGAUGCUGCCUGUGCCCCAGGCAGAAAACCGUGUUCCGGCUGCAGCCAACCACUGCAGGCUCAGUGUCUCUGGUGUAUCUCAGAGAUAAGCAGGUGGAGGCAUACACAGAAUACCUGAGGACCAUCCACUAUAUCUCCCAGGCGUUACUGGAAGAAGUGGAAACCACUAAAGCAAUAGGUAACGGUGAUAGAGCCAACUGUGACCAGCCUUCUUGUCCCUCCUCCAGAAGCUAGGGAGACUGUGCCCCCGGACACCUCCAAGAUGCUGAAGCUAGCGCAGCAGUGUCUGGAGAGGGCCCAGUCAACGGCCACCAAGCUUGGGAAAACACGCCUGAAGCCAACCAUGCCUGCCGCUGCUCCCAUCCCCCAGCCUGCCGGCAGACACCGCCGCGUCUACUCCGACGAGGGAGGGAAGCUCUCUCCUUUUCUGCCACCCGAGAUCUUCCAGAAGCUUCAGGGGGCAGAGUCACAAAGCUCUAAGAAAGAGCUGACGCCACUGGAGGAGGCCUCCCUGCAGAAUCAGAAGCUGAAGGCUGCGUAUGAGGCCCGAAUGGCCCGGCUAGACCCCAGCCAGGCCAUGCAGAAGACGUCCCUAACCCUCUCUCUACAGCGGCAGAUGAUGGAGAACCUAGUGAUCGCCAAAGCCCGGGAGGAGACACUCCAGAGAAAGAUGGAGGAGCGCCGGCUGCGGCUCCAGGAGGCCGCCAACAGGAGGUUUUGCAGCCAGGUCGCCUUGACCCCGGAGGAACGGGAGCAGCGGGCCCUUUACGCCGCCGUCCUGGAGUACGAGCAGGACCACGACUGGCCGAAGCACUGGAAGGCCAAGCUCAAGAGGAGCCCGGGGGACCUGUCACUCGUGACCAGCCUGGUCUCACACCUGCUCAGCCUCCCCGACCACCCGAUCGCGCAGCUCCUGAGGCGGCUGCAGUGCGCCGUGUACAGCGCCCUGUACCCCGCCGUGAGCAGAGCAGCCGCGCCAGCCCCGGGCUGCUGCCCCCCGACCCCCAACCCCGGAAGCCGACGGCUGCGGCCCUCGCAGAGCCUCCAUUGCAUGCUGUCCCCGCCCGAGCCCAGCGCGGCCCCGCGGCCCCAGGACUGCCCCCCCACGCCCCCACUCCAGCCCGGCCCCGUGGGGCCUCCCUCGCCCCUGGGGGACACCGCAUCUGGAUUGCCGGACAAGGACAGCUCAUUCGAGGACCUGGAGCAGUUCCUGGGGACGUCUGAGCGGCAGGGCCAGGGCCGUGGGGUGCAGCCGGAGCCCCAGCUGCAGCAGCUGAAGAGCGCGGUGGAGGAGAUCCACAACGCCAUCGCAGACAGGCUGCUCUCGCUGACCCUUCUGGCCUUUGAAGGCCUAAACACAGCUGCCUCCAAGGACCGCUGCCUGGCAUGCAUUGAGGAGCCCUUUUUCUCCCCGCUGUGGCCUCUGCUGCUGGCCCUGUACAGGAGUGUGCACCGAGCCCGGGAGGCUGCCCUGAGCAGGAGCAUGGAGCUCUACAGGAAUGCACCCCCCACCGCCAUUGGCAUCCCCACCAAGCUCCUCCCCCAGAACCCUGAGGCCAAGGGGGCCAUUGGCUACCCCUACUGCGCUGCGGCCCAGGAGCUUGGACUGCUGGUCCUGGAGAGCUGCCCCCAGAAGAAGCUGGAGUGCAUAGUGCGGACCCUGCGGGUCAUCUGUGUCUGCGCGGAAGACUACUGCCCCACGCCAGAGGCCACACCCCAGGCCGGGCCCCAGCCCAUCGCUGCAGCUGCCAUUGGUGCCGACGACCUGCUGCCCAUCCUGUCCUUCGUGGUGCUAAGGAGCGGCCUCCCUCAGCUGGUGUCAGAGUGCGCGGCCCUGGAGGAGUUCAUCCAUGAGGGGUACCUAAUCGGAGAGGAGGGCUACUGCCUGACAUCACUGCAGAGUGCCCUGAGCUACGUGGAGCUGCUGCCCCAGGGAGGCCUGGCCAAGUAGUAGAGCCAGACCCCAGGGCCCCUGCAGGGCCCGGCCUCGCCUCCCAGGGCCAUCUCUCCUGCACCUAGAGCCACGGGGUCUACUGAGGACCAUCCUGGAGCCUCACGCUGCUCUGCACACGGCGGGGGCUUGUCCACUGUGGUGUACUCUCCGGCUCUUGCCCCUUCCCCACCUCACAUCUAACCCUGGAGCUUGGGGUUGGCACCUCUGCCCCAAUAGAGUGGGGCUGAAUCAGCUCCAGGAGGAACCUGCUCACCUGUGCAGGCCUCAGAGAGGCCCCAAGAAGGGAAGCUGCGGGCUCCAGUGGGUGCGGGCUCAGCGAUGAGCAUCUGGCUGGGUUUGCUCAGCGCCUCACUGGGGCAGCUCCUGGGGAGCGUCAGGGAAGAGGGGUCCCUGAGCCAGCCAGCGGUGGAGACGGUAGUCCAGUUUCUGUCCCCUGUGACCCCUAGAAGGGGAGUUGUAGCCCCAUGAACUAGUUUCUUGUCUGGAUCAGGAACAAGGGCCGGCUGGUGCCCGGGGUGCACCUGGUGGGAGGCUGUGCUGUUCGCUGAUGGGCGGGGACAUCCCUGCGGGGUCCAGGGCUCUGAGCCCAGGACAUUCCCUGCCCCUUGCUCACCUUGCCUGUGGGCCGUGAACAUUCCGGGACCCUGGGCAUCUUCUCCAGGUCCGUGCAGCCCAAGGGUCAGCCCUCUUUAACUGUCACAUGCUGCCCCCACCCAGCCUGAAAUAAAGAGGUCACUGCUGUGC